AUGGACGAUGAAGCGUUAACCUAUAACUUAUGGCGUAUGCGAAGAACAGUUUUGCAAAUGUGUCAUGAUCGUGGUUAUCUUGUAAGUCAAGAUGAACUUGAUCAAACAUUGGAACAAUUUAAAGAUACAUUUGGUGAUAAGCCUAGUGAAAAUAAACCUGCUCGAUCACAUUUAAACGUUUUAGUGGCUCAUAAUGAUGAUCCAACAAAUACAUUAGUUGCACGAUUUGCUGAUCAAGAGAAAAUCGGUACUAAAGAAGUCAGAGAUUUCAUUUCACGAAUGUGCGAUGAAAGUAUUACUAGUACAAUACUUGUUGUUCAAAAAGGUGUAACACCAGUGGCUCGUGAUAUUAUUCUAAAUGAAUUAGAAAGUAAAAAAGUUCAAUUUCAAGUUUUUCUUGAAAGCGAAUUAUUAGUUAAUAUCACAGAACAUGUUCUCGUUCCAAAACAUGUUAUCUUAACACCAGAAGAAAAACAAGAGUUAUUACUGAGAUAUCGACUUAAAGAAAGUCAGUUACCACGCAUUCAAGCAAGUGAUCCUGUUGCUCGUUAUUUUGGUUUAACUCGUGGUCAAGUAGUACGAAUUACUCGGACAUCGGAAACGUCUGGUCGUUAUAUAACAUAUCGUUUGGUUACCUAA